CCCUGUCCCGGUUUAACGGCGUCACAGCCGCGAUGUGUCAUUUCGACGGAUAAAUUACGGAUCUACAAAGCCGUGCCGUCUCCUGCGCUCUUCCCAAGUCUGGCCGAUGUCUGAUAACGGCCGUUAGUCCCAUUAUUUUUGUUUAUUUUCACAGAUGAAAACACCUACUCUUUAAAAUCACACCUCGGUUGGUUUGAAUUGGGAUGAAGAUGAUCUUUCAAACGGGCAACAUGUCUCUCAUCGCGCUCACUUUGGCGCUGCUCACCGUCGUCCUCUGCACUUCUCCGGUCAGUGGGAACGAAGACUGUCUGUGGUAUGUGGAUAAAAAUGGUACCUGGCACAACGGCUUCGACUGCCCUCUCAUCACGUUCUGCUGUGGGAACUGCCACCGACGCUACUGCUGCCUGGAUGCCUUCAAGAUGAUCACAGAGAGGGAGCAGAAACGCUGCAUGCUCUUCCAGUUCAGUCCCACCACUUUAGCUGGCAUCGCCUCCUCCAUCCUUCUGUUUGUGGCGAUCAUUGCGACCAUGGUCUGCUGCUUCAUGUGCUCUUGCUGUUACCUCUACCAGAGAAGGCAGCAGAGGGGUAGGACACCAUAUGAGGCCCAGCAGAUCCCCAUGGCCAGCUAUCCAGUGGAGCCCAUGUAUGACGCUUAUGGAAAACCACUGGGACCCUCUGAGUAUCCACAUGCAGGUUAUCCAAUGGCACCCCAGUACCCUGGCAUGCCCCCACAGUACCCAGUGAUGCAGCCUGGACCUUAUCCACCACACCCGAUAGAUCCUGUAUACAACCAGGCCCCUCCACCUUACUCUCCGCCUCAGUAUCCCGGUCAUUGAUGGGCUCUUCUAUACUCAAACACACAGGGGGAAACAACAGCAAUUGAGAGAAAUGACUGUUUCGAAAGGAGAAGGCAGCAACACUCUCUCACACACUCAAACCGAGACACACACACGCACACUUAAAUAAACACUCCAGCUUGAUUAGCAGUGGUUUGCCCAUGAAAAAACAACAGGAGGCACUUUAAGGGUUUUUAUUUGUUUGUUUGCAACAUUGUCCCAACUUUUCCAGAGUAUUCACUUAAGUCAAAUUGCAUUCUGCAGCCUGAUGCCUGUUGUUGCUGGUGUGUUUCACAGAGGGCGGUACACCAUGCCCAGAGUGAGGAGGUAUCCAGCUGGCAUCUUGACUCUGUGCUGACACGCUCACCUCCAUGACAGGGUGUCCCCUUAAAUGGGGCACUAUUGUCAUUUGUGAAAGGGAAAAAUGCUUUUCUUCCUCACUUUUGUUAAAUUUGAAUAAGCUGAUGACUGCCCGAGGCUACAUUCCAGGUCAUCUCGGUCAUUGGUUAACCCUCUCCAAAUAAAAUUACAUAAUAUCUUUAUCUCUAUAUUUGAUGGAGUUUUUUCCUCUAAUGCAGCAGAGGCUAAAGUGAAAAACCCCUUAUAUGUUAAAGAGGUGACGUGUUUGGCUCAAAGGCUGCACUUAAAAUUUGCUCAAUGGCCUAAUGGACGCCUUUAGUUACCUGUUAGUUUCAGCUUUGUCUGUUCUGUUCUUUGUGUCUGACACAACUAAUUUUUUUCAUGGUAGUAUGUUAGCUGCACCAUUGUAAUGUAACAUCUUGACAUGAGCAUGCUACCCCAGUCAAAGUUAUCUGUACCCUCAUCUUCUUUCUUGGUUUCAGAUGAAUUAGAAAUGAGUCUUUAGAUUAACCACAUGCCAGGUAGCAUGUUUUACAGGGAAACUUGUGUUAACUUUUAAAUCUCACUUAUUUUCCUUGUAACAUAUCAAGUCAGGGGAUUUGCAGGUCAUGCUGCUUGAAUAAAACAAAAUGUCCCGCCUUA